GAUAUAGCCAGUUUCGCCACGGCACUGGCGUGAUUAACAUGUGCGGGAACCGUAAGGUAUACCGCAAAGCCAGGUAACCAGCAGUUUCCAUCUAUCACUAUCUUCGAACGAUCAACCGAUCAACCUGUUGUGUGAGUGUACGGUGACAGUUAGUGUUAUAGUUUAGCGGCAAACAAAAGGCACGGCGACUAGUGAUCAUUUUGUUGCAAACUGUGUGAAAUUAUAUCUGAGUGCACGUUGAUGGGGGUGUAAAUAUAGAAUGUAAACAAACAUCAAAGGCUCAGCAGCUGGUGACUCAAGGGUAGAUGGCCACCUGCUAUCAAGGCCAUGUCAAAAACGUGACUAAUCAGGGAUGUAAACUGUUGACAAGUGACGCACCAAGGAAAUUUAGAUUUAAACAAUAUUACUGCACAUCACAAAUUUCUGGAAGCAUCUUGAUGUUUUCUCUAUGCGGCACCGUUAAAAAAAUCAGUUUUUAGUGAAUACGCUGUACCGUACGAGUGGUGCAUCAUUAGACGGUUUUCUGCUGGAGCCCUCAAUGUUCGGGCCCACCCGAGGACAUUCGGUUUCCAAUCAAACAGCAGGUUCUGUUGCGCAAGCUGCUCCAAUGACUUCAAAUGGUGCGCGCCACACGCAAGACGGUCAUCGGUCGACACCGGUUCUCCUUGCGGCUCACCGGUUUUCGCGCCAUAAGUGGACAACGACCGACGACAUACUUGCCCUCGUCCGUACAAGUCCGCGAUCUACCGAAGAUGGCCGUGUGCCAAUCCAUGACAGUUAAGUUGUAGAAGCAGAAGAAAAUCAGCACUACCGCACCAUCGAGAGCAAUCUGCUUAACUACUUUACGGUUUCGGGUUAAAUAAAAAAACUCGUAAUCAAUGCCGGAAACAGAGUGCUUUUGAACGCACGCAGCAAACUAGCAAUCGAACAUAGGAAUUGUACAAAAAAUAACUGAAAGUAUAUGUGUCUUUCUUAGUGUUAAACGUAUUCAUCGUACGUAAAACGUAUAUAACUCCCCAUCGAUUCUACGCUUUGGAUGAUUUGAUUUGCAUGUCGAAAAAUCACGUCCAGAUUACGCGUGGGAGAGAGAGAUCGUCCAUUCCAGCACGAACACGUGGGUUGACGUUUGUGACGAAUUCUUUCUGACAUACUGGUUCUACGCAUCUGGUUAACAUUAUGUACGAUAAAAAUAAUAAUCGAUUAUACAACUAGUAUGGCAGCUGGUUUUUAUUGCGAUGAAUAUUGCGAUGAUAACACGAUAAAUUGUAGGGUCAAAAUCUACACUCUGACAGUUACGUUUCAAUAUUACGGUUGAAAUCCAUCUUGAAGUGUCUCAUACAUUCAAAUCAUUUUCUUUAAUUUAUUCUCAACAUUGGAAAAAUUACUUGUAACUGGCUUGCAUUUACUUCAGAACGUUCAGAAUGUUCUACGUUAAUAAUCUUCAAUAUCCUCCUAUAUUAAUAAAAAUUAUUAAUCUCAACUGUAAUAAGCCCUCAAAGCGCAUCGUCUGAAGCGUGCCUUAAGUGGUUCCAGACCAGAAAUAAACGAUUAAUCGACCACUAUCGAUCUCUUACGUGCUUAUAGUUGGAAUGUUAUGCUUACCAAAUAGCAAUGGAAUUCGGCUUUAGAUAAUCACAUGUUUCAACAAACACACCGCUAAGGAUGGUUGCUCAAGCUCUUCCUACGCUAAUGAAAUGUAAACGCCUUCAGCGACAAACGUACCCGUGAUAGCACGCACGCAUCUGUAUAUGUGUGUUGCUUUGUUGUUGUCCAUUUGUUGGACUUCCAGCUUCCAUCCGCAACAGCGAUGUAUUUGCCGCCCGCCUGUACACGCUAAUAUGACCAUAUUUGUCCAUCUGCGCAACCCGAGUGUCGUACGGUGUCGUGGUUUGAUCGAUUGAGCCGAAGAUCACCUUACCGGGAUCGUGGCCCAAACGAAUUCGUAUACACACACGUGAUUCCCGGUGUCGCCAGCGGUGAGGUGCGCCACUUACUCGCCUAUCGCUUCACCGACCAUGCCCGUCUCUCUUACCGGUUACCAGUAAGCAGGCGUACGUGUUCUUCCGCCGUGUAGUGCCACAGUCGGAAGUCGUAGUCGUCAUCACCUGAGCUGGGCAGUUAUUGCGUGCUACAGCAUUCUUACACUCUUGACAGGUAUUCUAAUUCCGAUCAAAUCCAGUGCAACAUUUAGGCAGCACCGGUAGUAGUGCGAUGGUAAUUGUAGUGAGUAGAUCGAUGCCUAAGUCUAUGCUUACGGUACGUACGAUUCAGUGACGAACGGACAAUAUUAAAACUAGUAGACGAGUGCAGGUGCAUCUGGUGUAUCGGGCACACGUGUGCCAGUGUUCAUCUGUUUGUUUCGGGGUGCAGCCGAAGCAGAACAAGAUCAAACGCGGCAUCCAAUCAACCGAAGAACCGGUCGUCUCCCAGAUUUAACUGUCACAAAGCGGUGGUACGACAAUCAACCAACUUGAACGAAUUACCUUCGAGGGAUACGGCAUCCGGACUUCAUAUUGAUUUAGACGAGCAAAUGGUGCAACGGGAGACCGAAAUAGCAACAGCACGCCGCUCGAAGCGGUCUGUUAUUGGUGGUACGCCGGACACCGAACCAAACGCCAUCGUUAGUGAGCAACGGUUUGAAGGGCUCGCCCUAGAGGGCGUUAGCCCUCAGCCCGCCCAAAAUGUGGUGGAAGUGAAGACGGCGGCGGAUAAUGCCGAGGUUGAGGCAAUCAAUCGUGAAGAGGAAAUCAUUAAGAAGCGAAAAACGGAGCUAACGACGACGCGCCAGAUAGAGACGCGCGUGAAACGGCAGCUACUGUUCGAGGAUGGCAAGGUGGUCGAAGAUUCUGGCCCGAUCGUGUCAACCAACACGACCGAGGACACGGACAAACAGGAAACGGUACAAACCGAGCACCGUACACUGGGCGAUCCGGAAGGGGAUAAGUCUGGCAACCGGCUGGCCGGUGCUGGAGAGGGAAGCGGCAAUGACGCCAACCAGCAGCCCACCCUGCCGGUCGAUAGUGUAAGCAGCAACGCACCAAAGACGACUGGAGGCACCAUCGUGGCCCAGCCUCCCGAUGGGUUGCUGCGCAACAUCAAGGAGGAGGUGGUGGUGUCGCGGGAGGAAACCAAGGAACGAACCGAGGUGACCGAGCAGAAACAUUUUGGUGAUUUUACCGACGAUGCGUACCUGAGAGCGAUCAACAGUGGUGUGGACGAUAUACGGGAGCUGUUGCUGUCUGAGAAGGCACGUACCGAGCAAACGUCAAGCGGGCCACAACUGGUACAGCAAUCCAUCAGCUCACGGAAGGUCAUCGACAGUGAAGACACCGAUAUCCGGCAGCUAGCCAAACCGGACGGUACGCUCGUGACGGAAAAGGAACAAACGCGCCAGCACGAGGAGCUAUACGACGACGAACUGCCGGAGACGGAUGAGCAACGGUUGCUACCGGGCUACGAUCAGGUCGAUAGUGGCGAACGUGUUAUUGAUCAGAAGUCUUCCGCACAGCGAUACUACAAGCAACGUGACGAGCAGCAUGUGGAUCUGAUCGGCCCGAACGGUGAAGUGAUCGGCCACGAGAUGCGGUACGCAGCAGAGCAAACACAGAUGGACAAAGACGGUGUUGAUGGUGGCCGUGUUGGUGGUGGUGAAACUGGUGGUGGAUUGCUAUUCGAUUGGGAUAGUUUGUCCGAUCGGUUGCGUAAGGCACGCCGGUUGGGACGGCAGCCGAAAGAUCUGGCACUGGUUGGACAACCGACCAACAAUCUGACGGGCGUUGUACCGGUAUUGAACGAUCGACUCGAUGCCCUCACUAAGAAGCCGCUGGAUUUCGAUAAGGAAGAGGAAACACGCAAGCAGGAAACAAGCAAAUGGCUCGAGUCGCACUUCGGCAGCGAGUCACGGUCGUCGCGCGAUUCACGCGAAGAUCUGGACGAGCUGGUUGAACCGACCAAACGCACCUACUUCAAUGUAACGAUCAAAUCGGGUGAUACUGUUGGUGGUCCUGCAGUCGAACCGGAUGGGCCGGAUACAGGUGCUCCGUUUCGUGGUGGGCGUGCUGUACCACCGGGGCCCACCUUUUUCCAGGGUGUUUCCGAAUGGACGUCGGAUAGGACGGGUAGACGAGGACUAACGACAUCCCGCGAGGAUCUAUUGCUGGAGGGUUCCAGUCACGAUGCCGGCUAUCGAUCCGGGGACCGGCAUCGUUCCGGCAGUGAAGAUGCACGUCCUGUGCAACGGCAGCUAUCCUCCGUUCAACCGGGCCGUAGGGAGGAACCCGGUGUACCGAUGUACGCUCCCGCCUACCUAACGACACCACGCCCGAAAACGAAUGCCGAGCGUAAUUUCAACGCACGGUACGGUCGUUCGGUGUCACCGGAUCGGCACUCGAUGGGUCAACCAACACCGGACGGUCGUCCUACCGUUCCGCAACGACGCAAAGUGCUCGAACGGCGACAGGGUGCUGCCCAGCAGCAGCACCAACAACAGCAGCCGUACCAUAGCAAACCGAUCGGCCCGAUCGUCCAUGGGUAUGCACCGCGCAGUCGCUCCGUGUCUCCGAUACAGAUACCACCGGUAGUGACCACACUGCGCAAACCGUACCAGAAGACACGCUUCAGCAGCAUCCAGGAUCUAAGUCACGCCGGUGGACCGCAGCAUCAACAGCUCCAGCGGGCGGCUAGCCGUGCGCAGAGCACACCACCGAAGGCGAACCGCGUUGGUUCCGCUAUCGGUAACUCCAUCCGCAAGCUGAUGGGCAAGAUCCGCUCCGCCAGUGCGGAACGGAAGCUCAAACUCAAAAGCUCUAAGCAACAGCUGCAACAGCAGCAACGAUCCCAAUCCCCGACACCGUCAGCGCUGGCCGGAGGGCAACAGAAGCGACAGUCUGCGACCUACCAACAGUACAACGUGAUCGACGGGCACAUUAGCAGUAGCGGUGGUUCGCCGCUGCUCAAUCACCAUCACCAUCAAUAUCAACAUCAUCACACCAGUCAGUACGGAGGCGACGAUCAGCGACUUGCCAGCCAUUCACAACCACCGUUUGCUGUCAGUCACAAACCGAACGGUGCCGGAGGCAGACGCGAAUCAGACCGCAUUCGGGAACGAAACUACACGGAACGGCGUGGUUCAUCGGACAUACUGUCCGACAUGACCACCGAAAGCGGUGGGCCAACGCCCCGCCAAAAGUACUACCUUGGUGAGAACCCGUACGGUGGUAGCAUCUUCGGAAAGGAGAACAAAUAUAAUCCGGCGGCAGUAGCAGCAACAGCAGCAGGACGUGAUCGUCGCGAGGGACGUGUCUACACCUCCUCCCAUACACGAUCUUUCAGUCAGCCACCACAGACAAAUCUACAUACGCUGGGGCGGUUCAGCAAAAGCACCAAUCGGCUCUCAACGACGGCCGGUGGCGGAACCCAUUACGAGCAUGAUCCGUCUGUUCAGUACCAUCCCGGUGGAUCCGGGUACGCGGUGACCAGCUCACAAACCCUUCCCCGCAACGAUCAGCAUCGACUGCAGCGCUCAAAACCACUCCACUCAUCCACAAUAAAUGUAUCAAUCGUUAACACGGUUAACACAAAUGGUACGAAACCGCUGGCGAAUACGGGGCCAGUCAAACCGGCCCGCACCUACAAAGCCCUCAACCGGAGCAAAUCCUUCAACGUGCACGGAUUAAACGGUACGAAUGAUCCGAGCCCGAUCUACCUUGAAAAGCUGAGCCGCGGUCCAGUCACAACCGGCAACGGUGGAACUCCCGGUAUCGGUGCUGGUUUCUACCGCUCCAACUCACACCUGGACCAGUAUGCAACGUCCAAGGAGUCACCAUUGCAGCUGAAGAGUCCCUCGAUCGUCAAUCUGGUCAGCCGCAGUACGCGUGAUCUUACGCAAAGCGGCGAUUGCUAUCCGAACGAACGGAGCAGCCCGGAUGGCCCAGCGCUCGAUAAGAAGAAUGUUUUUCUGCGCAAUUUGCAAAACCGUGCCCCGGAACUGUACCGUACGCUGCACGGCGGCGGUACGGAUCCACACGCGAACGGCACACCAACAUCACGAGAAUACCUCAAUACGUACAUUACGCGUGAGCAGGAGCAAACGAUCGGUACCCGGUCACCGGUAACAAUCAACAAAGACACAGCCAGCAUCGUGCGACGCGGUAGCUCCAGUACCGAAGACUAUCCGGAUUCGUACCGGCUGCCGACGUACCGCAUUGACGCAAACGAGCAUCAGCCGCGAACUAAACACUACAGCAAAAAGACAACCGCUCCAUCACCAGGACGCUUGGAUGGGAACGCCAUCGGUGCUGGUCGUUACCGGGCAGAUACUGACCUCAAGUACCAGGACAUGCCAGGUGGGGGUGGAGCAGGAGGCGGCGGUGGUGGCGUUAUUAUCGAGCUGCGCAGUAAUUCCUAACUUCAAUUCUGCUCGUACUAUAAUCGUUACUAAUCCAAUGCUCACAGCGCGUCCCGUUAAUGUGAUUUUGUGCCACAAAAUGUACAAGCAGAGAUUGUAUUGAGUGCGUGUGUUUGUAUAUGGUAGAGAAACCGCACUUGGUUCUGGCUCCUACCACCCGUUGAGCUACAUACAUGCAUACAUAAAUACAUAUUCACACAGCUCGUGUGCCAGACCAUUUUAAUACAUUAAUGUAACACAACGUUUCUUCUAAAUAACAACUUUUAAAGUUCCACAAUA